UUAUUUUUAGUAAGUAUAGGGGGAUCUCUCAUUUCGAACAGUUGUAAUUUAAUUUCUUUCAUUCAUUUGCAUUAUAUAUAUACAAUUUUUGUUGUUUAUCUAAGUGUAGUGGCUUAAGUGGCUAGGUCAACAGAUUUUCUUGUGCUAUGAUACCACUUUAUGUUGAAAAUGGCUCUGCCUAUGUAUGGAACUCUGAAGAUUGGUACGAGCUACGAGCCAACCACCGAAUAUGCGGUUCAUUAAUUGGAUCUUUACCAUCAUUCCCAAGGCAAAAUGAUUUUUUAGGUUUACCCAUGGCUUUGACAUCAGAAGAAGCUGCAUUAUUAGUAAACCAAGGGAUUUGUCAGUUAUUUGAAGUGCCAAACCUAACAAUGAAACCAUCAGAAGAUGAAAAGCAGUUGAUAAAGGAAUUGGAACAGAAUGUUUUAAUGGAACAAACAGAUGCUCUGAAGAAAAAGAAAAUAGAGCAGUUGUCGCAGAAGAUUGAUAUUAUAAUUGCUGGGAAAAGACAAAAGUUGCUGUCAAAAGGCAUAACAGAUGUUAAAUUAGAUAAGCAAGCAUUAUUACAAGAGGAAAUCAGUAAAUUACCAAAGUUAGCUCCUGCUCAUGUAUUAACUCAUUUGCCAACUGAACAUUACAUGGACACGGAAAAGAAAAAUGUGGCUAUUGAUGUUUUGAGACCCAGUGUAGUAGAAGGAAAAGGUGCUAUCAAGUAUAAAAUAUUCAAGGAUUUGUGGGAAAAGAAAUUCCAUAUUACAAGUGGAUCAAAAUUUGGUUGCGACUUCUUAAUUUAUCCAGGAGACCCAGUGAAGUUUCAUGCAACAUAUAUGGUGCAAUGUGUUUAUAAUCAAGAGGCCACCAUGAGACCUGCAGAAUUAGUAGCAUUUGGAAGACUGUCUGUUACAGUGAACAAAUUGGCUGUUUUUGCUUUUUACAAUUCUCACGAACAAGUUGAAUACCAAACACUUCAAUGGCAUGAUAAUGUUACAUAAAUAAAUUAAAUCCUAAUUAAUGGUUUCUUAUCCUUAUUAAUUUGUCGAUAAUACUUAGUGGAGCAAAACUGGAUGUUCCCAUAGGACACAAUUACAUGUCAUUUUAUCACAGAGAGAGGGGCGCCUCUUUCU